AUCCUUUCAUCGCAGCUGAAUAAUUGUUCGAAAUGCGGAUCGUGGAUACUAGUCUUACUCGUUUGCCGGCGGUGUCUGACGGCAAAUAAGUCGUCCGUGUGAAAGAGACAGCGGAAAGUAAGCGGACAAGCGAGACAGCCAUAUAAAAAUAGAUCAGCGAGAGCUGCUAACGGCUGCUUUCGGUAUAAAAUCCGUCCGAUCGCCGAUUUCAAUUCAAUGCGAAAGUGAGUUUAAUCGACGUCACCGGUACGCCGCGAAGCGGCUUUUACUUUCCAGAAAGAUUCGAUCGUUAUAAGUAGUGCACAUAUUUCGCGUUUCGCGCCUGCAGUUCGGCUAUUCGCAUUAUUUUCUCGAUACACUCGAAUUUGACCUCGUCAUCCUCGAGUUUCCUCGAGUUAUACUUUCGCAAUUCGCUUUCGAUAAUCGUUUCGCGAUUUAAAAAGUGAUAUCUCUCCGGCGAUAUGUGCGGUAUUAAUUGAUUUUCGAACGUUUCUCCGCCUUCGCGCUGGGGAUUCUCCUUCGAACCUUGAUCAAACCGGAACGGCCGAAUGAUUUUAGCUUAUCGAGGACGUGGCAGAGAGCGCGUGUCAGAAGUGCACCAGUCGCUACCAGUAAUCCUUCGCUGUUUUGCGGUCACCGCCGUGGACCUGCCCGGGUCGUUACGAUUUUACGCUCCCCACUAUUAAUCGGAAGUCCAACGGUAACUCUUCUUAUCGACCAAUUGGACGGACGGAUCGCUGGGGCUCGUCUGCGAGCAAAUACGUUCCGCAAUCACAUAUAAAGCAAGCGUUUUGACGUGCACUGGUAACAUGCCGCCAAAAUUCCACGCUAUCAGCUGGGCGAAUUUGACGCGAGUUUCGCGGCAAUUCGACAGCAGGCAAGGCCUCUCCAUCAACUGCCGUUGUUUCACCACGGGUCAUCUCCUCAACUUUAUUUCGACUCGUACUCCGAAGAUCAACCGUACCACGCGCCUCUUCGCACCGUCCAUCUUCACGACCGAAAAGACCCGCAGAAUGCCGCACGCCGUCGAAAUCAAACAUUCCCAAAUUCCAAGAUUUAUCGUAACUCACGCCGCAAAAAAUCCGUCGCUCAAACAUGGAUUCGAUUAUAUCGGUAAAAUACCGCUGAUAAACGCAUGCACGAUAGAUAUCUCAUCCAAACUUCGCUACUACAUCGAGGAAUGUGCUUCGCUGUGCAGUCCUAAAGAUAUUUAUAUAUGCAAUGGCACGGACGUCGAAUAUAUGCAAAUGCUGAACAUUCUUCAGAAAAGUGGAACUAUCGAAAGUUUACCUAAAUAUGAAAAUUGCUGGUUGGCAAAGACUAAUCCUGCGGAUGUGGCACGCGUCGAAAAACGUACGUUCAUCAGUACCGACUUGAAAAGCGAUACUAUUCCUACACCACGUAAAGGUGUAACUGGAGAGCUUGGAAAUUGGAUCUCUCCUAACGAUAUGGAAAAGGCGAUUUUGGAACGUUUUCCGGGUUGUAUGAAAGGACGCACCAUGUACGUGAUUCCCUUCAGUAUGGGACCUGUCGGUUCCCCACUCUCCAAAAUUGGCAUAGAAAUUACCGAUUCGGCUUACGUGGUCUGCUCGAUGAGAAUAAUGACUAGAAUGGGAGAAAAGGUACUCGAAGCCCUGGGAAAUGAUGACUUCGUUAAAUGCUUACACUCGGUGGGUGUACCGAAAAAUAAUUCAAAAGUCGGCAUAAGUCACUCAUGGCCGUGCGAUCCCGAAAGAACGAUUAUCCUUCACAAACCUGCCAAGAAUGAGAUUGUAUCCUAUGGAAGUGGUUACGGUGGUAAUUCUUUAUUAGGAAAGAAAUGUUUUGCGCUUCGAAUUGGCUCGACGAUAGCCAGGAAAGAAGGAUGGCUGGCUGAACAUAUGCUCAUACUGGGUAUAACAAAUCCUAAGGGUAAAAAACGAUAUAUCGCCGCCGCUUUCCCGAGCGCUUGCGGUAAAACGAACUUGGCUAUGAUGCAACCUACUUUGCCGGGUUACAAGAUCGAAUGCGUAGGCGAUGAUAUCGCGUGGAUGAGAUUCGACAACAAAGGGAAUUUACGUGCUAUUAAUCCGGAGAAUGGAUUUUUCGGAGUCGCUCCCGGCACGAGUUCGGCCACGAAUCCCAAUGCUAUGAAAACUAUUUUCAAAAAUACCAUCUUCACUAAUGUAGCGUCUACCAGCGAUGGAGGAGUGUAUUGGGAAGGAAUGGAAAAAGAAGUCGCAGAUAAUAUCAAGGUGGUAGAUUGGAGAGGCAAUGACUGGUUCAGAGGUUCUAAAAUACCAGCUGCUCAUCCAAAUUCAAGAUUCUGUUCUCCAGCUAAGCAAUGUCCCAUCAUUGAUCCUUCUUGGGAAGAUCCAGCUGGAGUCCCGAUCGAUGCUGUACUAUUCGGAGGACGAAGACCCGAGGGUGUACCAUUGGUUUAUCAAGCCCGAAACUGGCAGCAUGGCGUUUUCAUCGGUGCUGCAAUGAGAUCUGAAGCUACAGCCGCUGCCGAACACAAGGGUAAAGUAAUCAUGCACGAUCCGUUUGCCAUGAGACCCUUCUUUGGUUAUAAUUUUGGACACUAUCUCGCCCAUUGGUUGAGUAUGGCGCACGCGAAGAAUGCCAAAUUGCCAGCGAUAUUUCACGUGAAUUGGUUUAGGAAAGAUUCGGACGGCAAGUUCCUGUGGCCAGGAUUCGGUGAAAAUUCACGUGUCCUGGACUGGAUUCUUCGAAGGAUCGACGGCGAAGAUAUUGCCGAGGAAUCGGCCAUCGGUCUAUUGCCAAAAGAGGGAUCUAUCAAUUUAGAAAAUCUCAGGGAUAAUGUAAACAUGACGGAAUUGUUCAGACUACCGAAAACUUUCUGGCAGAAGGAAGUUGAAGAUUUGAGGGAAUAUUUUGACGCUCAAGUAGGAAACGAUUUACCCGAAUCUAUUGCAAUGGAACUCAAUCGCCUCUCUAAAAAUAUUAAUAAUCUUUAAUUUCCUAAUUUGAUAGUUACAUUAACAUAUUUAAUAAUCUAUAGUUAUGUGUUCUUCAAGUAUUUACAGCUUUAAUAUGAAAUUAUUAUAACAAUGCAAUUUUAUGGUACAAAAGUAUAUAUAGCAAAACUUUAUCGAUAUAACAGCAAACUUGUAAAUA